CUGCUCGCUAUCGCUGGUGGUAGUAUCGUUUCAUACAAGCGGGGGAUGUCAAUCUCAAUGGUACGUCACUGUGUUUGUUUAAAGCUGUGUGUGAGUGUUUGUGUGUGUGCAGGUGUAUGUGCGCAGUGCAUGGUUCUCAAUGACGCACAAUGUCGCCGCAUGGGCUGCAAGAUUCAGCAAUGGUCACCUCGAUGUUUCACAGGUUCUUCUCUAAGAGAACAGCCUGAUGGACAAACAAGUGUAACAAAGGUCGGACAGGACCUCAAUGUCGGACAGUGAUAGCAGGGGCGAAGAGGUUUCAGGGCCCGAGGGUCCGAACAGCAAAGAGGUGAGCCUUGCUGAAGAACACAUCCCAAGAGGUUGGCAAGCCCGAACCGAUGGUUUUGUGCAUCGCCAUUCUGACCGUUUUGCAAUGCUUUCAGUUGCCGAAAGUCAUUCCGAAUUGGACGCACUGCCUUUGAUGCUAGUAGUUUUUGUAUGCUUGGUGUCUGCAUUUCUGGGACUUGUGGUUGCUGGUUUGCAUUUGAUGAUCAAAGAGGUUGGCUGCCCUUUGGGUGUCAACGGGUGCAACAGUUUUCUGGGCCCACAGCUCAAUCCAAAAGCUACGCAUUGAUCAAAGUCCUGGACAAACAUGUGCCAGAAGAUGUGGUCUAUGUUUUCGCAGGUGUCAUCAGCCUUUUGAUUAUUGGCCUUAUCAUGGAGGUUGUCCCUGACAGCUUUGCAAAGCAGUCAUUGGGAGGCGGCACUGUCCAAGCCUUGUUGGCCGUGGCUGCUGGUGUUCCUAUUUCUUUUCGUUGCGCAAUGCUUCGUGUGGCCGUCUCAGCUAUUUACUUUGUAGGAGGAGGAACUCUUGGAGGUGAUGGGCCAACCAUCCAAGUUUGCACUGCCAUGGCUGGGAUGAUCGGUUGGGUCUGUGGGAUUCGAUCCCCACGUACACAAUCUCUCCUUGCAUCUUUGGGAUUCUGCUGUGGCUUUGCAGCCACCUUCAAUGCUCCAUUGGCCGGCAUUUUGUUUGCCAUGGAGGAAUUGCAACAUGUUUCCUCCCGAUUGACAACGCGCGUGAUCAUUAUUAUCCUGGUUGGUUCUGUCGUGUCGACUUCCGUGAUGCGUGGCUUUCUUGGGAACAGAGUUUUGUUCCAAGUUGCUUUUCACCCAGGUUUGUCAGGUUUGGUAUCAGGUGCUUCCUUCAACCAAGUGUUCGGAGAGAAUCUUUGGAUGCUGAUAGCCGUGCCCAUCGGACUGAUGUCAGCCAUCGUGGGCUACAUGUUUCACAAGAUAUUUCACUUUCUCCACUGGUUUCUUCAACAAUAUGGAUUUCGAUUUUGCUCCAGAUACAUUGUUUUUGCCACCGUAGCUGGGUUCUCAGCUGCCAUUGGAUCUAUUGUCUUCCGAUUGACUGGUGUCCGUGGCGUUUGGGGCAUUGGAGUGCAAUCGUUGUCACAAGCUUUGAACCAGAAUGAGGAGCUGCAGGACAACGAUGCGCUAAUUGUGGCAAUUGGUAAGUUGGCAGCUUUUUCCCUGUGUGCGGCGGCGCGUUUUCCAGGGGAUACUUUGGAACCUGUUCUGAUUUCAGGUGGGUUUCUGGGGGCUUGGGUUGGCCGAUGGCUACCCAUGGCUGGACAAGAGGGUCGCUCAGCAUGUGAAAUUUUCGGCAUGGUUGGCCUGUUUGCAAGCUGUUUCAGAUUUCCCUUGACUCCGAUCUUGAUAGUGCUGGAGUUGACGGGAACCGAUUCUUAUUUUCUUAUUCUACCAGUGGCUCUAUCGUCCUUCACAGCUUUAUUCAUUUCCAAUCAUUUGUUCCCACCUAUCCUUGAACAAAUCCUGGCGCAAGAUGGGAUUGACUUGGAAGCCAUCGCGGAACUAGCGGAGAUGGUGGAUGACGAGGAGAAGAACAUUCAUGCCGAAAUGGCUUUUUUGGACAGAAGUUCAGCUUCUGAGAGUGACUUGAAAAUGGGUCAGAGUCACAGCAGUAUUUUGAGUGCAGAAUCCAUUCGGAGCAUAGGUGCGCCGUCAGCAUUGCAAGCAGUUACUCAAGCCUUUGGGAAGCUGGAAGAGUCUAUGGUCGAGGUUUCGUCUGUGGAUCAUCGCACCCGGCGACUCUCGCGAGGUUCCAUGGCAAGCAGCCGCCGGUCAGACGGAGUCGGACCAUUUGUGAAGCCAACUUCCAUCGGAUGCUCCUGCUCAGAAGCUUCACAGAACUCUGUGAGGUCCAUGCCCUCAAGAGAUGGAACCCGUCGCAUCUCUUUCUAAGAGGGCACCAAAGAUGCAAAGGAAGCAACAUGUGGCCAAAGCUCUCCCCGGCCUGGGCCAACUUCGGGGCGGCAGCGGUCAUCGCGAGGGUCGCGAGGGUCCGCUUGUUCAAGCCAGAGCGCUGGUGGCGCUUUCUGCAGUUCCAAGGGUUCCAGUACUGAACACAUUCCGUCCCUGCCCAGCCCAAGCCAAAUUGUGAGAUUUGGUGAUGAGGCGCUCGAAGGGCGAACGCUACAGUUGUAAGCUUUACAAAUCCCUUUACAAUGUGGCUUACAUGCUCCGUUGAUGCAUCCAAUUGCCGUGAUGGAGGAUACUAUUUGCAGAUGUUGGAGGUGCAUGUAGUGAAAUGUCCAGAAUCAGUUUCACCCGUGGGGAGGUCCGGUGUGACUGUUCUUGAGUCUUGAGGCUUUUUGCUGUUUUGUUAGUUGUUUGUUUCCGC